CAGUGGGCAUUUAUCUUAUCACCCAUUGAACUUCCUUCCUCUUGUUUCACUGGCUCCUGUUUCAUCUUUUUUAAUUCUCUCUUGGUGUUUUCAUCAUUUCGUAAAUCUUUCUUGUUACCCACCAAAAUGAUGGGUACAUUUGGGCAGAAAUGCUUUACUUCAGGAGUCCAUUUUUCAGGUAUGUUCUCUAGACUAUCAGGACUAUCAAUGGAGAAGCACAUCAGAAUUACAUCCGUGUCUGGAUAGGAGAGCGGACGUAGCCUAUCGUAAUCUUCCUGCCCUGCCGUAUCCCAUAAAGCUAGCUCUACCUUCUUGGUCUCCACUUCAAUAUCAGCCACAUAAUUUUCAAAAACUGUCGGCACAUAAACCUCGGGGAACUGAUCUUUGGAGAACACAAUUAAAAGGCAAGUUUUACCGCACGCACCAUCUCCCACAAUGACCAGUUUUUUCCUGAUGGCUGUCAUCGUGUUAAAUACUCACUCUACAAAGGAGAAAAAGAAGCCAGUGUUAAGUUUUAGUUCAUACAAUUAUUUAGCUCUUCAAAAGAAGAUUGUCUCCCUCACCAUGAGGAUAAGCUUUUGCUUAUAAAAUAUCUCAAUUACAGAAUACAGUUUUCACAGAUGACUUUCUUGUUACAAUUUUUCUUUCAAUUGUUUCAAUUGUCCGUACAACCACAAGACAACUCUCUCUUUACUCUCUUUUAUGGCGUAUUGGGUGAGACCCCCCCAUAAAGGGGUACCUUUCUCAGGUAAGGUAGGGGUUAAUUUUAAUUUGAAGUACAGGCCUCGAAAUAAUUUCCGGAGAGUCUCCAGACACAAUGACCCAGACCAGCCAAAUCCAUUUUAGCUCGGUCAAAUUUAUGAGAUUUAUAAAUAACGCUUAAAACAAGGGCCCAUGAUCCAAAACUGGUGACACAAAUUUCCCAAAAUAAAAAGUGGUUGCUUAAUUAAUAAAAGUGAAAAUAAUUUUAAUUUUGUGACAGGAAGUGCGUGAACUACGAUGUCAGUUUCAAUGCUGAAUUUUAAACAAUGGUUCUAGUAGCAUUUCAUAGAUGAUUUCAGAUCAAAGUUCCAUAAUACACAGCAACUUGCUACACAACAACUGAAACAACUGAAUAGCAUGGAAAUUUUAAUUUGUCAUUUUCAAUACGACUGGCUGUGACCGGUCAGCAUAACUGGCAAGAUGAAAGGUUGACCGGUCAACUUCCCAAUCAGUCCAGACAUUGUCCGUUGACCAGCCAUUAUUUCGAGCCCUGAAGUAUACGAAAGGGUGGGUAAAUCUGUCAUUUCUUUCUGUAAAAAUGACCUAAAAGGGCUACGGAAGGAUUUUAUGGCUGUGAAAAAGUCAAGAAAACAUUCAGGAAUUGUGAUAUUAUUCACAUUUGAAAGACAGUGAAUUUAAAACAGUUCAAAGGAAUGCAAAGUUCUAAACUAGGUAUGCAAAUGGGGUCCCAUUUGUCAAUGUGAAAGGGGUACGUUUUCUGUCAAAAAAUGAAAUAUAAAAGGGGUAAGGCCUUGGACCUUGGAGCAGCACCUCCCGUAUAAAACUUUGUGGAGUACCACCCAGGCCAGAAGACAAUGCAUCUCAUGAGAGCGUUACAAUACAGUCACCCUUGUUAUUACCGCCACUAAGGGGGCCAUAGAAAGUGUCCAAAUUACUGGGAUGUCCCUAUCAAGUGGGUCAUGUUAAAAUACACCAUCUGCUUAAACAAAAUACUAAACAAGAUGUAACCCCUACCCCACCUACGAAGGCAACUUUAACAGUAAACAAGGUAUAUCACAAGUAGCAGUGAUGCCAUAAAAUAGAGCAAUCCUACUACUGUGCUUUGAAGAGCAAGAAAACUUUGCACUUCAAGAUUCAAGUGCUCUAGGAGUUAAAACUGGUAAUGCAGAUCUAGAGUUGUCAUCUCACAAUUUUCAUUAAUCCUUUGAGAAGUAACAUCAUCAUAGACUCCAAAUGGUUGUUUAUUAUUACACUUGAAAAAUUCUCAAGUUUAAAUCUUGAGCUUGUAAUCUUACAACAGUUUUACAUUACACUGCAUUUGGUUUUCUGGCCUUGAUCAUUUUUUUUGGGGGGGGGGUUAUUUCACUGAAGUUUCAUCUCCAUCUCCAAUUUGAGAAGUAACAUCAUCAUAGACUCCAAAUAAAAGCCAAUAAUUUAUUAUGACACAAGUGGCUAAAGUUAACCUUGAACUUUCUUGUAAUUUAUAACAUUUUUACAUAACAGUGCAUUUGGAUUUCUGGCCUGGAUCAUUUUUGUGGGUGAUUUCAGAAGCUGAGUCAGUUACAUCUACAUCUCCAUCUCUACUUGUUUCAGGAACGCAAUCACAGUAUUUACUGCUCAAUAUGAUGACCCUGGUGCCUUCUGUUUCAACUGGAACUUGUUUGAUUUCUGGAGCCUCUCUUUUGGUAACACUGCCUCUCAAAUCGUUCUUUUUUAACUCUUCUUCAUCUUCUUGCUCAUAAUCUGAGUCCCACAUUGCUAGAUCACCGGGGUUCCUCCUGUCUACUAGAGUUGGACUAUGAUCUGAUCUUUUCAAAAGUAUAGCCACGCUGUGGUCUACGCCAUGAAGCCAUUGGUCUGGAAUAAUAUCUCAAUUUUUCCCCUUUACAACAUCCCUUUUAAUAAAACUGUUAACCUACAUUAUGAAACAGAUGGGUCCUUAUACAUGUGACAGUGUCAUGAGGUCUCCAUCCUAUAGUACUUUUGACCUUGCAGAUGAUGUAGCAAAACAAGCAGAGGCAAAAGAGUGAUGAUGCACAAAAUACAACACACAAUCAGGGGUUUUAAAAUUGAAGAAGCCAGAAGGUUUGAAAAAAAUAACUGAUAGUAUUAAAAACAGGCUUCCACACCCCUUCUUCUAGAGCUAUCUCGAAGCAUGCAACCUCAGAAAAUUCUGAAAAUUCAACGCCUUAAAAUUUGAUUUCAAACGUCCUAGGCACUUAAUUGAGUACAAACGAUAAUGGCAAAUUUGGACAAGUAAUGCACAGUACAUCCCAAACAUUUCCUAAAUACUUUGAAUCUGAAGCAAAAAGUAUUUCUAGGUCCAGCAAAUUGAAUUUUACUUAAGUUUUGACAGGACCCCAAAAGUGUGACUGCUUUUGAUUCUUAUUCGCAGUCUUUCGUACAGAUUUAAUCCAAUCAGAAGCCAGCUAGAAACUGUCCUCGACUUCUGAUUGGUUUUAAAAUGUCUGCAUGAAAGAAUGUGAGUUAAUUAAAGGUGGUCACAAUUUUGGGCUCCUUGCUGUAAUACUUCACUUCCAGCUUCCAAUUUAGCGGGAAAAAGUAAUUGACUUCUCGGAGCAAAGUGGCCGACAUGUGUUGUCGGUCAUCAGUGCUUGUUGAAACCCCUGAACAAUACUUUACGUAUUACUUUGAGCAAAGUGCUGCACGUUAAACAAAAUUACAUGGCUUAUGUAACAUAACAAAGGUGAUAAAAAGGAAAGGAAAAUAAAGGCAGUUUUAGCGACGCUCACCAACCAGUGAAACAAGAAAUAAAGGUUCCUAUUUUCACUAAAACAUUUGUAUGUUUAUCUUCAAUAUUUCUGUGCCAUUUAUUACGAAACUGUAAGUGGCAUGUUACUUUCCACUACCACAAUUUCUAUCAUUUUGGCCCCAAUUCACUUAAGACAUUCUUGACACCUAGGAAAGAGGAGUAUUUUAUCAGGGUGGAGAUCUGGUAGUAUCAGUAAAACUGUGGUCAGCCCUCAAAGUGACCAUAUUUCUGAGGGUGACCCCUUUCAUAUUUUUAGGGAGAGUACCAGGAACACAGUUUCCAUUCCAGAUUAUACACUUAACUUUGUUCCUGUUGUCUUUAGUUGCUUCUUUGUGAAUGAUGCAUUAAUUUCUUUUAUUUUGAAAAAAUACCCUGUCUUUCAUAUUAAUUAAUUUGUGUUGUUCGAAAGUCGUUUUCCAUUACAAUUUUGUGAUAAUUCAAGUUGCGUUAAUUUCCAAAUCCUUAAUUUUUUUGUUGGGAAAUAAACAUAUUAAGAACUUGUGCACUGUCUAUUAACGGUCUCGUAAUAUUAAAAAAGAACGAGAAUUUGAUCACCUGCAAGCACAGAAAAAUUCUUAGCUCAGUGGUCUACAGUCAUAAACCUCAACAAGUUUCUAUUGCAUGUACUUUGACUUUCACAGAGGUGAAAAAUAAAUGGACUUCUCAUAAAGAAGUUUUUUCCGAUAGUGAUCAAUGGUCGAUCACUUGGGUCAUCUGAUUAUUUGGGAUGAUUGAUUGAGAAAUCUCAGCCAAUUCCCAGCCCUAGCUAGAAUAAUAACAAUUUUUAAUGCAAAACAUGACUAAAGGCACAAAAUAAUAACAGUUUUAUUAUUUUUACUGAACAAACUGAAGAAUCAACUAUAUUUAUGAAUUUAGGUCUUUUGAUUAACACCUACUACAUUGCAUAUUACACUUACAUGUCAGACAACUUCCAAACACAAGGUUUAGUUUUCCUGUAAGAGCGACAUAUAUCCCUUUAAAACUCGAUCAAUUUUAUUUGAUUGAUAUAUUGUCAUAUUUGAAGAAAAAAAAGUUUUUGUUCAUGAAAAGGUUUGAAAUACUCCAGCACGAAAAGCAUAACAUUAGGAUUUUUGUUCUCAGUAUGAAAAACCUGAUUUCAAACCUUUUCAGUUCACGACAAGUAGAUCACGUUGCCACAUAAGCUAAUAACAUUCAAUCAAAAAAUUAUUCUUCAAAACAAUUUUAAACAGUAUUCAAAGACCGACAAGAAAUAGUCCUUAUGGAGGAGAUGGGUCUUUUAUGUGCCAAAUCAAUACAUUACUCCAUGAUAGAUUCAACAAUAUUACAAUAAUGGAAAGAAACAAAAAAUAACAAUAUUGAUUUCUUUUUGUGUGAAGAGAAAGGCAAAAUAGCUUUAUACACUUGUCAAUUAAUACAACAAUCUGACUUCACAGCUCUUUAUUUUAGUUUAUAAUAUAAUUGCUGUAAACGUAGGCUCGAUCCUGACUUGGCACAGUGUGUCUUGAGUAACAAUACUAAUAAUUUGAAUUGAUAUACCAUAACUACAAAACUCGCAGUUGGAGAAAGCCAUUCUCUUUUGAUUAACACAACCCUCUGGGUGCGUAAAGGAUGGGAGAAGUUUUUGUUUUCAUUCAACUUAAGCGUACUAUACUAAAGUAAUGUUCCAUGGGAACCACGUCCAAACAUUUUACAAUAUACUGCAUCCCCUCUUCUUGUUCUUUUUCGGCCUUUUUAGAGCAGCCUUGGUGGCUUCAUAAAAAACCUCUCUUACGUUUUCCUUUGUUUUUGCUGAGCACUCCAUGUAGGCGUUGGCAUUGAUCUUAUCACAGAUCUCUUCUCCUUCUUCUGUUUUAACUGGGGCUUGUCUCAUCUUUGCUAAUUCUUUCUUGGUGUUCUCAUCAUUUCUUAAAUCUUUCUUGUUACCCACCAAAAUGAUGGGUACAUUUGGGCAGAAAUGCUUUACUUCAGGAGUCCAUUUUUCAGGUAUGUUCUCUAAACUAUCAGGACUAUCAAUGGAGAAGCACAUCAGAAUUACAUCCGUGUCGGGAUAAGAGAGAGGUCGCAGCCUGUCAUAAUCUUCUUGUCCUGCUGUAUCCCAUAGAGCUAGCUCUACAGUCCUGCCCUCAACCUCGAUGUCGGCAACGUAAUUCUCAAAAACUGUAGGCACGUAUACUUCAGGAAAAUUAUCUUUGGAGAACACAAUGAGUAGGCAGGUUUUGCCGCAGGCACCAUCACCCACAAUGACCAGCUUUUUCCUAAGGGGCGUCAUGUUGCUGUUUCCUCAACCUUCAAAAGGACAAUUGAAGGUUAACUCAACCCUUUACCUCAUAACAGUGGUGAUGUUCAAAACUCUAAACUUUUCCAUUUACGAACAAUGAAAUAAUGCAUGAUCAAACUUAACCCCUUCACUUUUAGAAAGAUUAAUGGUGAGAAUUUUCUGUUGCUCUAACUUUUAAGUCCGUGGACAAAAUCCUACUGUGUGGCCAUUCAAAGAAAACCUCUAGGCAGUUCUUUUGCAUGGCACGAUUUGCACUUCACUUCCAAGUUUAAACAUUGAAAUUUUGAAGCCUUUGGCCAUCUAUGUGAGUGAAAGGGUUAUACAUGAAACUCACCAGGGUUAGUUCAUCAAAAAUUAGAACCACAUUAUAAGGGAAAGGGUUAAGUUGAUGAGGAAAACUACCCGGAGCUUUCAUGUCCUUUGUAUUUAGGCAUUAUCUCAACAUUAGCACUUGGUCCCUGUAAGAAAACCUUCCAUACAGGAUAAACUGUUUUAUGAUCAACAGACCUGCCAACUCUCACAACUUUGCAGCGAGUCUCACAGUCUUUUUGAAAAUAUCAUAUGCUAUAUUAUUGAAUAAAAACAGAAAUUUUAUGGGGAAUGCUAGUGCCUGUUUAAGCCUUGAUGGCACCUUGCUAUAAGUUUUCUCCCUAACAUGACCUCUUCCCUGGCCUGUUAGAGGCAUCCAAGAAAAUGUGGCAUGUUGUUACCACAGGGACCACACGUAAAUCAAACUAAUGUUUAAAUAAACAGUUAAUACUCCAAAUGAAAAAAGGUUUGUUUAAUCUUGAUAGGGGAAAAUGUAGAAUCUCCAGAUUUUUUGUCACAAGUCUCCAGAUUUUCCUGUAUCAGGGGUUGGCAGGUCUGGAUCAAUUCAACACCUGAGCAAAUAUUGAGUAGCACAGAGAUAUUGACUACUACAAAAUGAUCAGAUGUAACCCACAAAUUCAUGCGAAUGAAGUUGUAGGCAGGAUGCUGAUUGUGCAUGCAUGUUACCAGGUAAUCAACCAGGUAAUGUACUGUACUUUAGGAAAUUGACGUAAAUAAACAUUAAGCCUAACUUUUUCUGCAGCAUAUUAGUUUUGAACAACAUGUCACAGACUAAACACGUUAAAAAGGCAUUAUUUGGCAAAGAAAGAGAUACUAAAGAGUUCCAUUAGGGUUAGAGUUAUACUGAUGAUCAAAGUGAGGAUAGACAAUGGUUAAGUAGCAAGAAACAAAAAGUAUGCAAGAUAAUUAACCAUCUCUGUUAAAUAUUUUUCAUUGAAAAGGACUGCAAGGUCAUUGCUGAAAACUGUGUUUUAACUUCUACAGAAUAUAUUUCCAAGGAAACAAAACAGACUACAUGAUGAUAUAUAUCAUUAAAAUAUAAUGCAACAUCAUACUCUAUUUAGAACACCUUUCUUGAGUGUAAUGACAUAAUACUAAAGUUUAAAAAGUAUGAAACAAUUGGAGUAAUCUUAGAUUUAAAAAAUAUUUCAAUAAAAAUUAGGCAUGUUACCAAGAACUAUUUGCCCAUGUAUAAUUGCAGUUAAAACUUCGAAAGGGUGGAGAGAACAUUUUCAGGGAAAAGUAUGGCUAUAACCAACGCUUGAUCGCAAAAAAUGACGGCUUUUCAUCAUAAUCGUGACUUGCGUAAGUUGCCGCAAAGUCAUAGCUCUGUUAAACUAUAGCACUCACGUUGACCAAAAACCAGCUCAAGAAACUGGGUCGGAAAUUAGCAGGCAUGAGUAUCACCAAACACAGCACUUUCUCAACUGAGGUACCAGCAAAAUGAAUGAUAUUUCUUGCGCACAGGAAUGCAAGGCGGUAGCCACUGACUGGGGGUGUUUGAAUAAUUCGCCGGUUGGCCAAACCGUUCUAAGUUUACUUCGAGAUCGCUAGCGCCCUCCUAAAUAUGAAUAUCAUUAUCGCUCGAAGUACCCUCUCCGAGCACAUUUUCUUCCCCUCAAAAUUAACACCAGUACUUACGCAAGCUAUGGAUUAAACACAAUUUUAUGGAAGGUUAGGAGAGCAAAUUUUAAGCCAAUUUAACAGUAGCAUGUAACCUACUCGCUGAAGCAACAGCUCCAUCCUUGAGUAGGUACACAGUUUGAAACAUCCACAAUUAAAUAAUAUAUUUGAAAGCAAAACUCGCCCAAACAGCUAUCGAAGGCAAAAGGAAUAAUCGAAAGACAUCCCAACGGUUCAGAAUUCUUGGUUUCAUUUUUGGGGCGAAGCGGGACAGAUUGUGAAACAACGCCGCCAAGAAUUUGCUCUCCCAGUCGGCUGGAAAUCGCUGCCAUUCUGAUGUUACCAACCGCUUUUUCAGCGCGAUUAACGCCUCUAAACCUUCAACAAUGAAAUAAUCUCCGGUCUAAAAGUAUAGUAGAAGUCGUAUUUUCACACAUACCUUUCUAAAACCAAGUAAAGUGUCUCUCACUAUGUGCCAGAACCGACGAACUCAGAAAUCAGGAAAUGGCCGGAGAAUUGAUCACCAAGCGCCAAAGCCACACCUUCAAUAUAGCCUAUAGGGGGGUUUAGAUAUUCUGGGCCGCUGACUUCACACCACAUUGCGGUAAAACCCAGGGGCUUGCCCUUAAUUUUGAUUGGUUAAAAAACAAUGGAUUUAACACAUGAACGAACGCGACCACUUAUGACGAAGGUUUUAUUAUAGACCAGCCAUAUAUAAGCGAUUGCCGGGUUAAACAAGAUAGAUUUUCACUGGCUGAUGAAAGCGUAUGAAAGUAUCCCAUCCAAUGGCAAAGUUCAGUGAUGUUUAUAAUCUCUGUCUGGAUCGAUCUGGUUUUCUAAAUUGUCUUUUCUGUUAGCUAGACCAUGAGACAUUCUUCAAAUACCAGGUCUUGCUGCCAUUUUAUAACGAAGCUUUUCAUUGGACCGUAAUGUGUUCUAAGAAUAGACACCAGAUAUAAAUCCGUCGAAAACUUUCCUACAAGGCAUUUGUUCGAACCGCUCCGAUCAAAACAAGACAGGACAGUUCAAGAUGGAUAAAUCGCGAAUUUUCAAACCAGUCAUAGAAGCAACUAAUGAUGUUUUUAUAUCUUAUGCUCUCGAAAAGUUCAGAAACAUUUUUCGUUAUUGUUCAUACACUAGAAUCCAUGCGUCCAUCGGCUUGUUUCCGGUUGCGUGGGUUGCGUGACAACUGCCGUCAGCGCAGUAUUUUUGUUUCCUCUAGUAUUUCACAAUUACGUUUUUCCUUCAAAGGUUUUGCUGACAAGUGUAUUUCCUUUUUGCUGAGGUUAGUGUAGACACGGUAAGAAAAAAAGCUUACUAAUUUGGUCAAGGAAAUGUUAGAGAGUUUGAAAAUUCUCCACCUCUGUCUCGAAAAUUGGCUAAAUUUGAUAUUAAUUAUAAAUGCGCUUUAGGUUUUACUUUUACUUAGUAGUUCAGCUAGUUACACGCUUUUGUAAAAAAGUUAUCUAGCCUCUUUGAUCGAUCUUACCAUUUGUUUUGUAAAAGUAGGCGUAAAUCUGUUUUCGAUAUGUAAAAUUUUUUACUUACAUGUGUAUCUGUAAGCAUUCUUCGUAUUAUCCUUGCUGAAAAGAGUCCUUUGUCACGUGCGUUUUACAAAUUGUCACGCAAUGACCAACAGCAGGGUUUCUGUUAACGGUCAUCGAAUAAUCUCAAAAUUUCAUGACAUGUGAAACCUAUACUCAUAUCCGCAUGCAAGUUACACCGUUUAAAUAUAAUAAAAAACAACUUGCAUUGGUAAUAUUUUUAGAGAUAUACUGGGUGUCUCAGCUGACGUGGUUGCAAAAUGAAAAUCGGGCACAUUUGAUGACAUUUUUAACUUUUUGUUUGCUUUUUUUCAGCUUUUUCAGCGCUUCAUCUGCUGGGCUCAACGUGGGCUCAGACUCUUAUCUAUCUUGUCUUAAAAAAAAAACAAUUAUCCUGAACCAGAGAUUUUGGCAGCACCGAUCUAAUAAUGUUUGUAAACGACAAAAUUGCACCAUGAGGAAAUUUUUAAGUCAGCCGAGAAAACGACCAGUAUGCGCUCCAAGGGUAUAACUAACAGCGUUUUGUUAUAACAAAAUAUAUUCCUAGUGUUUCUGAAAAUGUAUCUACCCACUACACCUGCACCGCCUUUCUCUCUAGCAAGUUAAUCUAUCGUAUCACCAUAGAAACCAGAGGUGGUUAAACAUCAGCAUUCGUCUACUCAAAGAAUAAUUCAAUUCAAAUAAGAGAAAUAACUUUUGGCUAAAAUUAUGGCGAAUAUGAGAGGAAAGGGAGAGGAACGAUCACGUCCUGGGAUUUUUUUUUUAUUUUGGAGAGGAUUACAAAAAUAAUUUAUAAUUCCUGCACAAGUUUUUGUUUUGUGUAAGGGACAGACCAUUAGAAAAGCUACGGGGCUGGAGGGGUAAAAGAAAAACAUUAUUAAGCAAGGAAAAAAAUUUGUGUAUAGCGAGCAGCCCAAAACCACCAAGACCAAAGUGACCAGAGAGAAAAAAAAAACGAUUAAGUUGAUCUAUAUGACCUCGAUCAGUCACCAAAACGAUCAAAACGAACAAAAAGACCAACGCGAGACUUCCUAAGAGGUACACCCAUCACGUUUUUUGGGCGUUGCUCAAGUUCUUUUUCACUCCGUAGGACGAGUACCCCGUCAAUGUUGUAAGGAAGUACACCACUCGGGCCUCUUGUGGCUGGAAAACAGGUUGAUUUACCUAAAUACCGAAAACAAGACCCGGAGCUCAUAUUUUUCAAAGGCCCUUUUGGGGGGGGCUUAUUUAUGGAGGGAAAUUUGCGUCAAAAAAUCGGCUAGGCUUUUACUUGGAGGGAAAUUUGCGUCUUAAAAUCGACUGGGCUAGCUUAUAGUUGGAAGGAAAUUUAUGACAGUUCAUUCUAUCGUCGCAAAGACAACAGGUAAAGAGCGAGGACCAUCAGAAGGAGACUGGGUGCAGGGUGGCGGAAUAGACCUGUAAGUACUUUGUCUAUGGACCGAAGAAAUCCAAGCCAUCAUAGUUCUUAGGCAAACAAAACAAGUAAACAUGUAUAUGUGUUACUGUAUCGUUUUCGCCUGUAUUAGAGGGGAAUUUCCAAGUAUAAGCCCCCGGGGACUUAUAUUAGGAGGGGCGAUGUAAAGGAGGUUUUUUUUUGCGUUUCGAGCUUGGGAGGGGCGGCUCAUAAUAUGGAGGGGCUCAUGCAUGAAGGGCUUAUUUUCGCAAUUUUAGGGUAUUUGUUGUUGCUUGCGAAGACCGUAUUUAUGACUCCUAAUUGGUGGAAAUCUAGUGCCCUUUGGGAGAUCAGACGCGCUAUGUUCGAUUUCUUCUGAGAGUAUGGACUGAUUUGCGCAUCAUUAACUCCCGUUUUUUUCCCUUGAAGAACUGAAAAAAAAAGGCAAGAAGGUUUUUAAUCCUGACAAAUGUGAUUUUAAGAACAGCUUCCUCCAGGAAAACUAAGCGAAGAAGGCCCGAACCGGUUUUUCAGUAACCAUACCGGGCCAUGCUUGCUGGGCCCCCUAAAUAGUGUUUGAACGAAUUGAGGUCGUUUCGCCCGAAGUUGUUUCGCUCUGUCGCAAAAGCAAGUCGAUUCGCCCAAUGACAAACAACACUCUACAACACGGCUUAUCGGAAUUGUUUUUUGAUUAAGGUUCUGUUGCUGAAAAAAGGUCGAGCGGUCUCUUAGCGAUCUCGAUAACAACUUCGGGCGAAACGACCUGCUACCGUUUGAACACUCGGGGCCUAAGGAUCGCGACUCAGCAGAUGAGAAUGUUUGGAACAAGUCUUGUGUGGACCCCAUCGCAUAUGCGUGCCUCUAUUUGAGCACUUUAUUCCUUCUACCUGCAUCUGGAACGUGGGAGAUCGAGCCGUUGGAAGAGAAACUGUCAGCGCUACAGUGCUGCCGAUGA